GACAAAGUUUCUCUGAAGGCAGUGGGAACCGUGCUUUGUAGUCAAACACCUCACCUCCGAGCAUCUUUCCACCAUGUUCAUGUACUUGUGUGGGGGUUAAAGAGGAGAAAAAAAGUAUGAAAUCUUAUAGGGAUCCUGGAAGCAUACUUAAAGGUAGACAUUGAGUUAUUCUACUUAGUACAGCCAACCACCAGUAGAGUAAAUUGCUGAUGGGGAGAUAUUUCUCAGUAGAAGCAACUCUGUCCGCUGGAUUUAUAAUUUGUGGAAAUUACAUGGGGAAAAGAUUGGACAUUGAAAAAAAAAAUUCCCAGGAUUGUUGAAGAUUACUAGAAUACAGGGUGACAGCUAAAGAGAGAGUGGUCCAGCCAACAUCCCUGGGAUUCCUCCCCUAAUCUGGAGUUACGUGGCUGACCUGGUGGAUUAUAUCACCCCCCCUUUUUUCCCCAUACAUUGAAACAAACAAGCACAUAUUAUAAAUACAAGACAUCAUUAUUUGGAUCAGUAAUUUUGCAGUUAUGCACACUGGAAUCAUGUGGAUAACCUACUUGGGAGUUCGAUCCCCACUUUUGGAUUAACGCUGUCAAGAAACAAGGAUAUUCUAUCCUGCCAAAGGUAUGGGUUACUUUGUUGGUAUCUUUUUUUUAAUUAAUUUGAUUUGGGAUUGUGUCUGAAAUCAGGGCAUUGCAAUUUGAGAGCUGGGAGACCUCUCAGUGACUACAAAAAACAUGUGAGCAAGAUCGUUUUUUUUUCCUUGCCUUUUCAAGACUUUUUAUCAAUGACUGAUAAGGACAUUGUUUGGAUCAUACAAAAAAAAAAGUGCUGAGUGGAGAUAACCGACGUCACGCCUGUGGAAUACCGCCAACUUUUUCCAUUGUGUGGAACUAUAAAUCUUGGAUACAACGACAGAAUCAUAAGUGCUUUCGUGGUGAACUGGACUUCUCAUGGACUUUGGUUGUAUUUGAACCGACUGAAAGCAUGGACAGAAACUCCGCCGCGUAUUUUCUACUCAAUUCAAGAAGAUGGAUUACCAUUGAUUGACACUUUUUCAGCAAAUACGACUGCAUAUGCAAAAUAAGGAAUCUCUCAUUUGUGGAAGUUUCCUGACAAAGAGACGAGUCUAGAACCCAGUGACAAUAAAUAGUGCUACACUUCCUUGAAGACGGACCCAUGGAUCUUAUGUUUCUUGGAUGGAUAUGUGGACUUAAUUUAACUAUUCCCAGCAUCUACCAUACCCGAAUUUUAGUUUAAAAAGACAAUCCACCUCAUCUAAAAUCUCCUGCACAGAAGACAAGGAUUACAUUUUUUAAUACAAACAUUGUGGCAUUUUUUUUUACCACCCUCCUCCACACAGCAUUUUUCCCGCUUUUUUUUUUUUUUUUUUGCUCACAAAGUUCUAUCUCCCUGUAUUGUAUUUGGAAUUAUAGGUCAAGUUACCACUCUCAAAAGGACUGCUGAAAGUCGGGAGCGGGCAUAUGAUCACAGCGCUUAUGGUCACCAUGAGCGUGUAGGAAGCAGUUUUGAACGCCAACGGCACUAUGACACAGACUAUUACACGAGAGAGAGGACUCUCAGCUCAUCUGGGAAUGGGUCUGGUACCUCGAUGGGAAGCGGUACAACACUGUCCUCUGGAGUCGGGGGGAUUGUUAAUUCUAUUGCUAGCAACACCGGAACAACGGGAGCGACAGUGUCUGCCACGGGAGGAAAUGGUGGAUCUACAUCCAGCGGGGUCAGCUUCUACCGCUCCCACAGCAGGAGUCCGUGUCGCUUUGAGACACCGGAGCCUCGUUAUGAAUCCCGAUCCAGGGAAGCCUUUACUUUGGCCAGUGUGGUUCACAGGGACCUUUACAGAGAGGACAGGGGGCGGCGCGGCGAGCGCUCGUAUCGACACAGUCGCAGCCGGUCUCCACAUUCGACGCAUUCACGCAACCCUUCUCCUCAGAGACUGGCAUGUCAGGCGAGCAGACCUCCGUGCUCCCACAGCAGGUCAGGUUCUCGCAGCCGAUCCUCCAGUUCCGACUCGGUCAGCAGCACCAGCAGCAGCACCAGUGGCAGUGAUUCCAGCAGUAGCUCAAGCGAUGAGUCUCCAGCACGCUCAGUACAGUCAGCCGCUGUUCCGGCGCCUUCAGCACUUCCUUUAUCAUCCCUUGACAAGGACGAACCGCGUAAAAGUUUCGGCAUCAAGGUCCAAAAUCUUCCUGCGCGUUCUACAGAUACAAGUCUAAAGGAUGGUUUGUUUCAUGAGUUUAAAAAACAUGGAAAGGUCACAUCGGUACAAAUUCAUGGCGCUUCAGAGGCUCGCUACGGGCUUGUUUUUUUCCGCCAGCAAGAAGACCAAGAAAAAGCUCUUGGAGCAUCAAAGGGGAAGCUUUUUUUUGGAAUGCAAAUUGAUGUCACUGCCUGGAACGGUCCAGAGACGGAAAGUGAGAAUGAGUUCCGGCCCUUAGACGAAAGGAUAGACGAGUUUCAUCCAAAGGCCACACGGACAUUAUUUAUUGGGAAUCUGGAGAAGACCACCACAUACCAUGAUCUGCUCAACAUUUUUCAGCGCUUUGGAGAAAUUGUGGAUAUCGACAUUAAGAAAGUGAAUGGAGCCCCACAAUAUGCCUUUCUACAAUAUUGUGACAUUGCAAGUGUCUGCAAAGCCAUAAAGAAGAUGGAUGGAGAGUACCUCGGAAACAACAGACUUAAGUUGGGAUUUGGAAAGAGCAUGCCUACAACAUGUGUCUGGCUUGAUGGAUUAGCAUCAAACACAACGGAGCAGUUUCUUACCCGCCAUUUCUGCCGCUAUGGGCAUGUUGUCAAGGUUGUGUUUGACCGAAUGAAAGCGAUGGCCCUUAUCUUGUAUAACAACAUCGAAUAUGCACAAGCUGCCGUAAAAGACACUAAGGGAUGGAAGAUAGGGGGCACCAAAAUAAAGGUGGACUUUGCCAAUCAGGAGAGCCAGAUGGCUUUCUAUCGUUCAAUGCAAGCAUCUGGCCAGGAUAUUCGAGAUUUUUAUGACAUUCUUUCUGAAAGAAGGGAUGAUCGACGCUCUCAAUAUGAGUUUCAAGCGGAAAGACAAUAUUAUGAAAGUGUACGCACACCGGGGACUUAUGCUGAAGAUCCUCGUCGUAAAUACACAACCAGAAGUCGUGAGUUCUACACCGAAUGGGAUCCAUAUCAAGGAGAUUACUACGAUCCGCAAUACUAUGAAGACGCAAGGGAAUAUCGAGAAUACAGAACCGAUCCAUAUGAGCAAGAUAUUCGUAAAUACACUUAUUUGCAGCGAGAACGUGAGAGGGAGAGGGAACGCUUUGAGACCGACCGUGGUCGUGACCAUGGGAGAAGAACUACUGAACGGAGCCAAAGCCCAACUCUUGUUGCCACUCGUCGCCCCGCAAGCCCCGCAGCAUCCCCUUCCCUCUCCGAAAGGAUACCAAGCGACUUGGAUCGCCAGCUGUGUUGCAGAUCAUCUGAAAGAAGCGGGAGCUGUAGUUCAGUUUCCCCACCCAGAUUUGAAAAACCUGAAAAGGCACGCACAGAACGAUACAAUAAAACUGACAAAUUUGAAAAGGAUCGUGUGCUUGAAGUUGAAAUGGUAAAUUUAGUGGAAAAAGAAAAGCGGACUGGACGUAAAGAUCGCGGGGAUAAGGAUAAAAGUGAAAGACAGCGACUUAAAAAGCUCAAAGUUACUCAACAAAUCAUCCAAACUUGUGAUACGGAGCCUGAAUUUGAUCGACACAUAAACCCCGAGUCUUCCCUUCCAAGUAAAAGUAGUAAAAUUCAGAAAGAUGCCUCGAGUAAAGCCAAGUUAGAUCUUCUGCCAUGCGUGGUGCAGCUAACUCGUGUGAAAGAAAAAGAAGGAAAACUGACUGGCCAUGAAAAACAAAUAUUGAGAGUUGGGAGUGACAGUCCGAGACUGGCAUCACCUUCGGCUGAACAAAGAAGUCCUCACUUCCGCACAGAGUCUACAAAAGGGGACAUCGCCAAACAUGGCAAGGUUGUCAGGGAUAAAAACAUGCAGUGUUUGGUGGAACACAUCGAUAUGGAUAUGACAAUCAAGUCCAAAAAACAUGGAAAAUUGGAAAUUGGUUUUGACAGUGGCAUUUCCUUGGAUUUUGAUCGUUUAGCUGCAAGAAAGAGGCGUUUUGAAGACUCUGGCAAAAAUGAUCGCCAAAAGAGAAUUGGUGAGGAGGACCUUGGUAGAGCAGUACUUCAUAAGCCUUGGAAUAAUAAGGACCCAGACUUCGAUAAGAAUGUUUUCAUAAAAAAGAUGCACAAAAAGGAGCACAAUAAGGAGAAAUCUGUGCAAAUAUUUUCAAUUAACAGUCCCAGUGAGGGACAAGACUGUGAUAACUCCUUAAGUGGUUCCCUUCAGCCGCAGUCCCAGCAAGCAGCACUGCCUGAUGAACUUUCAGGACAAUUACACUCCUCCUACCUAAAGAUGGAAUUAUUGGGUUCAAAAAGUGAAAAUCGCUCCAGUCUCACAAAAACAUCAAGUUAUGGCGCCCUUGAUUUUGCUGAGGACAGCGAGAUUUUGCCUGAAAAGGAACAAAGUGGAAGGAAUGGCAGAGACUCGGAAGAUGAGGAACAGUUUGUACGCAUUGGUCAGAUGUAUACUUUGACAAAACAAAGUGAACAGAGUCGAUGGUUGCAAACCAAGCUCUGUGAUCCGGACAAGCGUGAUAAGGAUGACGCUUCCCCGAGUAAUGAAGCUCAAGACUUUGGAAAGGAUUAUGUCACACAUGAUAUUGGAAAACAAAACCAGGACAUAAACAAUGAUGACCUCACCUCGUAUAAAAGAAAAAGAAAUGAGACUUUUGACUUUGAAAUAGUUACUUCAAAAAAAGAGCCAAACUUUGGAGCUUCCCAAUCAUUAGAUGAGAAUAUGCUGCAGCGUCGAACAUCCACACCAGUUGCCAUCCCAGCAAACAGGGACGAUCAAACCACACAGAUUUCUACAUCAGCGACAAAGAAAGAAAGAAAGUCACCUCUGACAAAAGACGAUUUUUCAAACACAGAGUCAUUAAAAAAUAGUUUGGGCCUGAAAAGUAGACUUUUUCAGACAUCUGAAACAGAGCAAGCAAAGCUGAAGACCUCAUUUCUCGGCUGCAAUGACAACGCGAUGCACCAUUGGGUAGGGAAGAUUUCAUCAGAUUCUCAAAAAAUGGAAAUGACAAGUGAACUUCCAAAACACCAAGCUCUCGGCAAAUGCAUCGGACAGGAUUUAGAACCAGGAGAAGUCCAGUCUGAUUCAGAUGAUGAUGGAGAAAGAAAACCCAUAUCUACGAAGUCCGGUCAUUCCUUGUCGUAUAUUCUCAGGGAACGUGAUGAGAGAGUGACUGAGUUGAAACUUUCUGGUUCAUUGGAAAAGAAUAAAUUUUACUCCUUUGCAUUAGAUAAAACAAUAACCCCUGAUACAAAAGCACUCCUUGAAAGAGCGAAGACGCUGUACUCUUCCCGAGAAGACAACUGGUCCUUUCUUCCAUCUUGCUUCCCAACCACGCACAGCUGCUCGGAUAAAAACAAGGUAGAGUUAGCACCCCGUCCGAUCCCUUCUUGGUAUAUGAAGAAGAAGAAGAGCCGUGCAAGUUGUGAUGAAAACCUGCAUGACAAAAAAGAGGAAUUUAAGCCUCAGGAUCAAGAACGUCAGGAAUUGUUUGCCUCCCGCUUCCUUCAUAGCUCCAUCUUUGAACAGGAUUCUCGCCGUUUACAGCACCUUGAGCGUAAAGAGCAACAUUGCGAAACUGGAAGUGAGAGGAAUGUUCCAAAUCCAGGGGCUCCUCGUGUACAGACGGAAUCUGAAAAUGGUGAUGUUCCACGUGAGCCCAUAGUCCUGUUUCGCAGUCGGUUUUUGGAGCUUCAACAGCAAAGGGACAAGGACUACUGUCCACUUGAACCUGAGAAUGAUUCAGCUGGAGUGGAGCUUAAACAUAAUUAUAUGCCAUGUUGUGAUGAUGUGCUCUCUGAUGAUAAGACCACUAAUAUGCCAUCGAAGCUUGAUGAAAAAUCACUCGGUCCGCAUUUGACUCUCAUAUCUGUUUCCCCAUCUCUUCCCUGCCUUAAAGACAUGUCGCCACCUGAAAAGAAAGAAAUGUUCUCACCAUCAAUUGAUGAACUUGUGUCAAGUCAACAAGAAGACAGUGGCGAGCCGGUUCUGGAGAUAGCUCUAUCUCCUCCUGUUCUGGAAAUCUUGAAACCUCUCACUCCUAAACUAACUAUAACCCCUCCGCUUUUACUUUCAGAGCAAGAAAAUGAAGUAGAAACAAAAAUAGAGUUAAUUGAACCUAAAGUAGAACUCGGUGACAGUUUGUCAAUGGAACAGAAUCAUCGUGUUGAGAUUAAGCCUCCAACCCCUGGGAGUUCUGUGAGUACUUUAGAACGGGUGAAUACAGGUCCCUCAGAUACCCGCUUAGAGUGUACAAAGAUGAAAGACGAAUGUGAUGACAAAACCAAAUUUAAAACAGAAACUCAGGAAGCACACCAUUGUGAGAACUCAAAGGUAACAGAACCAGACAGUGAAGUUUGUAUGCCGGAGCUGGAGGUUGAAAAACCAGUACCAAACCGAAGACAGCCGAAGAACAAGAAGGCAAAACCACUGUCCAUGUUACGCACAACAAAGCCUCCCCCAAAAGAUAAACCUGCAACACGAAAGAGUGAACGUAUCGAUAGAGAGAAACUGAAAAGGGGCUCAUCUUCCAGAGCGGAAGCACCGAAAGGAGCGGUGGAACAUAAAACCACAUCAAAAUCCCCAAUGAAUGCAUCAGAUUCUGAACAAAACCUUGAGUCUACUUUGGUUCAUGGCAGAACACGUCGAAGGAACGUGAGGUCAGUCUACGCCACUGUACAUGAGGGAGAACAGCCUGCCAAAGAGACAGUUGAGCCAUCACGAACAAUGCGCAAACGUAGUACUGACAAAGAACCAAUACAGCAAGAUACUCAAAUUCCAAGUACAAAUCCCAGAAGAGGACGCCCGCCUAAAAAAGGUGUCAAACCAAAAGUGGACAAUACAAUGCUAGUAAAGGUGGAUCAGCAGAAAACAAAGGAUGAUAGCACUGAGGCUGGUGAAAACUCAACUACGCUGGAAGUUGUAAAAUCAACCGAGGGAUGGCGUUCUCCCAGGACGCAGAAAACGCAUCAAACUUCAUCAGCUCUGGUUAGUAAAAAAGUCAGCAGAUUGGACAAACAGUGUGGCGGCACGACUGUUCUUGUUGAACUAACUGAUAUGACAAGCAUCGAUGAAUCAGAGCUGAAACCUAAAGACUGCAAUCUACUUGGAAAGUUACCAGAAAAAAUAGACACAAAUUUGCAAAUUCACCUGAAAGAAAAAGACUCUGCCCCCACAUCUGCUGCACCCACUGAUGGUGAUGUUGACAACAUGAGUGUAACAGACAAGAAACACCCUGACAAGAGCGUCAAAAUGAAAACACAAAGGUUGAAACGAAAUGCCAAGCAGGUCAUUGAAGAUAAGUCUCACACCUUAAGAAAUCUUGAAAUCCGUGUCAGCGUUGAUGAUGUGAAAGGUUUGCUUUGCUCUGAGAAUGAUGACUCUGAGUCGUUUGAAGCCAGCAUCAAGAAAACCAAGACAUUAGCAGAGAAAGAGGAAUCAAACAUAAUUUGCUUUCCAAAACAGUCAAAGGAGCUUAACGUGCAAAACAGUGACGACACUCUCUCUGAACCUGUGCUUCCACCUGCUGAUCUCCUAGCACAUCAAAUGGAACUAGAGCAGGCGGUUGAAAAUAUUGCUAAACUUACAGUAGAGCAACCACCUCGACCAUAUAAGGAGACAGCUUCGGCACAACCCCCCGCACUGCCUCCUGCAGUGUCAGAGCCGCAAGGUGAGGAAGAGGAAAAGCGAACCAACCCUUCAAGUGAAACGGAACUUGCAGCUGCUAUCGAUUCCAUCACAGCCGAAGAAGCGAGCACAGAUGCAGAUGGCUUCACAGCUCCUCCGUCUUUCACAGCUUUAAUUCCCACACCCGAUUCACUGCUGUCUGCCUCCUCCGGUGAGAUGGCGGAACCCGGAACACACAUGGUUCGCAAUAACAUUCAUGCUGCUGACUCAGAUGAUGGUGUUUCAACAGGUGGUCCAAAGGGUCUAACAGCAAAAUCUAAGACUACUGAGGAUCCCCCACUCCCAGAUACACCCAAGAAAAUUGGAAAAGUCAGGGCCAAAACCCAGAAAAAGUCAAGAAUUCGUAAAUGUGCAGUAAACAAAAAAGAUGAAUCUUCUGAAGUGGUGAUGCAUCCUGAGCCCUCUCUGAAACUACCCGAGUCAAUCCCAGAGGACCCCGAAAUCAUAAAUUCCAAGGCAGCAGUUAUUACAACUGGGACGACGGUAGCAGGAUCUGUGGUCACAGCCGUUGCUACAUGUCGACGUGACGUUACAAGCGCUUUAACAUUAGGCACACCCAAAGAGGCAGAACAACCUGAAGUUGAACAGCCAGUUCCUAAAGAAUCAGCCUUUCAUUCAGAUUCAAGCGCCAUCUCCAAUUGCAAAAAGCAUCUGCAAGCAGCGGAGCCAUCUUCCUCGAGUCUUACCCCUGCACCUGCCCGAAUUCAACCAUUGUCCCCUUCAGGUGUGCCUUUAAUACGACCUGCCAAAAUUCCACUUUCACCAAGCUGGCCUCAAACUGAAGAAAGUAGAAUUUUUGUCGCCCCACCAUGCAAUGUAAAAGUGGUAGCUUCCUCUGUGCCAGCAUCAACUUCGCUUGGACCCUCUUCAAUCAAUCCCCCAAUGCCUCCUGAUACUAAGGCUUCGGAUAUUGAUUCCAGUUCCAGUACCUUAAGAAAAAUCCUAAUGGAACCUAAAUAUGUGUCUGCAUCAAACAGUAAUUCUAUACCCAACACGAUGGUGACAUCUACCCUGUCAGAGACUUUACAGAUGUCAGAAAAUGAAAAUCCCUCUGUUGCUGUGGGUCAAAAGCAUGUGGAGGAGAGAUUGUCUUUCCACCCUCAGUCUAUACAUCACAAACCUCCACAGACAGAGUCCCAUAAGAAUUGUGGUGAGAACACCCAAAAUACUGUCAUUUCCCCUGCGACCUCAGUAAUAAGUCGUAUUCCAAUACCUUACGAUACAGACGAAACUCCACGGAUUUCCCUUAGUAGUCGAAGCAUGUGUCAGUCUUUGCCCAAACAAAAAUUCAAAGUAAACUUGAAUGAGAAUAGUCGAUACCAUGGUCUAGAUAUGGUUGAAGAUGCAACUAGAGGACGCUCUGUUGUGGAGACCACCCGCUCACUCCCUGGCCUUAGAGUAAAUACAUCCGAAGGUGUUGUUGUACUGAGUUAUUCAGGACCGAAGACAGAAGGACCCCACAGAAUGAGAGCCAAAAUAAGUCAAAUUCCUCAAGCCAGUGCGGGAGACAUGGAGUUUCAGCAUUCCGUGCCUAAAUCUCACACAAAACAAGACCCCAUCGUAGCGUCGCCCCAGUCACUCAACAUAAAAUCGCCCCUAAGUUCAUCCGCUUAUGGGCGUACCGGGGUUCUUUUGAGCAAUCAGUCUUACAACUCUCAACCUGUCUUUUCUAGCACCAAGCAGAGCAGUCGAGGAUGUGACAAGCCUGACGUUUUAUAUCAUACAGCAUCGCCGGGCAGUGUCGUUAAAAUGUUUCCGCAGCCAGUUUCUUCUCCUCCAGUCUUAGUGUACAACCAAGCUGUGAUACAACAACAACAUGGAAAAAGAGCGGGAACAGAGGCGCUACCAAAAAAGUUGGAUAUAGGCAAAUCUGUCCCACAGGCUAACCUUAACCCUGUCAAGAGUUCUCAUCAUCCCUUGCAAUCUGCAUCGCGUAUUAGCUCCACCACCGGCCCUCCAAUUGAUUGCUCAGCUCUACACCUAAAACAAGAUCCUCAGUCCCCACAAAAUGUUCACCCCCCCUCAACUUUUGGCAAAGCCUGUACUCCUAGCACUUCGCCAGGAACCUCAGUGGUCAUGGGCCACGUCAUGUCAGUACCUGCUUACAGUUCCACUGUGCACCACCCGCACUCAGAACAGUCUUCUGUCAUAAUGCAACCUCAAAGUGUCACCCAAUCCGUUCCACACGAAACCAGCCUGAGUGGGGCGCCCAUGCCUGCUAUAAACUAUGGAAGGCGAAGUAAUUCUCUGACCUCUCUGCAACACUCAGGCAUCACUCAGUCUGUUGUCAUCAGGCAGUCUCAUUCAACUUCCCAAGGGUCAUUGUCAAGCGGCGGUGGAACUGACGAGGACUCCAGACCGUUUAACCAAGCACUUAGCAGACAUUCCGUGCCACAGCUCAAAUCAGAUAGCAUGAUCCUUCAGAGUGAUCGCAGACAACGCCACCCAAGCUUGUGUAUUGACCAGUAUAGAGACAUGCACCAGCACAUCCUCACACAUCAGCAACUGGGAGAGCAGGUCAGCGUUGAAACAAGACACACUUCAGAUCCUGGGACAACCUUGUCCAGCAACAUGUCCGGGCCUUCUCAGUGUCCCAUUGUGAGGAAGAGCAGUGAGGUUUCAAGAAAAGAAUCCCACCAACCAAUAGAAGGACAGCUCAUCCAUUCACCCAACAAUGAAAGUAGAAUAAGACAGGUCCACUCAUCUAGUCCUGUCAUGGUGUCUCCUCACGCACAUGGGAUCCAGUUGGUGCAUCUGGGAAGUGGUGCCUCAUUUUCAGUGUAUCGUGAACCCCGGGGUUUCCCGACACAAUUAACUGGACAUCCUUCAUCAGGACACGGCCUGGUGAACCAAGGCGGCACAUCUUCACAGAUUCCUCUAGAACCGGAACUGGGUCACAGGUGUAAAAUACCCCAGUCGCUUGUGGGAGUAAGUGACCUCAAGCCAGACAGUCCUCACCUCCGCCAUUCUACCUCUUCUGACAUCCUGCACAUGUCCCGGAUACCACGGGAGGGAGCCUCACCCUCGUACCAGUCUCCAAUGAAUCACAAGCCAGAUUUAUCGCCACAGAAAGGCCCCCCAUGUUUCCUGACAACACCUCUGCCUGUAGUACCCACAUCAAGCUCACUGCAGCCACGGCCUGAUGCCAAGACGGAACAUUCAGGGCACCACUCUGUUGACAUGGUGCAGCUUUUGACGAAGUAUCCCAUCAUGUGGCAGGGUCUCUUGGCACUGAAGAACGACCAGGCUGCCGUCCAGUUGCACUUUGUCUCUGGCAACACUUUACUAGCUCAACGCUCGCUUCCGCCCCCAGAGGGAGGUCCUCUUCUUCGCAUUGUUCAGAGGAUGAGGCUAGAAGCUUCUCAACUGGACAGUGUGACGCGUCGAAUGACCGUAGACAAUGACUACUGCUUGCUGCUGGCUCUGCCGUGUGGACGGGACCAAGAUGAUGUCCUCGGUCAAACGCAGGCCUUGAAAAGUGGCUUCAUCACUUAUCUGCAAGCCAAACAGGCAGCUGGAAUCAUCAAUGUGCCCAACCCUGGAUCCAACCAGCCAGCUUAUGUGGUGCAGAUCUUCCCACCGUGCGACUUCUCCGAGAGCCACCUGUCCCGUCUGGCCCCGGACCUUCUCGACAGCAUCUCCAGUAUUUCACCUCACCUCAUGAUCGUCAUCGCCUCCGUUUGAUUACCUCCCUUUUUGCUUUUGUUCUCAACAACACCAGCCGUUUUGGACUUUUCCACUUUUGUAAACUGGAAUUGCCUCAUAUUUUUUAUGACUUUUUGAAAAAUCUCAAUUAAGCAUUUAAUCUUUUUUUGUGUUGGAUCACUUCACCAAGUCCUUAAUUCACUGAGUGGCGUUGAAGUCCAUGUACAGGACCGAAAAGGAUUUUUAAGACCAUUUCUGGUCGAAUAUGUCAAUUUUAAGGUGUUGUACAAAGCUUUUGGAUUUUUUGCCUCUUUCGGGUUUUUUUGUUUUUUAAACAGAGAUCAGAGGAGUCAUUGCACUAUGUAAAAGAAAAACUGUGAAGUGUGUACAGAUUUGAGUGCCGUGUUAUCGUGUAAAGGAAGAUGGUGACUCAUUUCAGCUGUUUGGUUGCGUUCCCUGCAGCUUGUGUGUGUGGGAGGGGGCUCUUUAAUGUUGUACAGUUUACAAUCAGAACCUCAUCAAGGGGACUCCAGAUUCAUAUUGCUUUGCAGCAUUUUGUUGUUUUAAGUGGGUCAUUGUGCAAGUGUAAAUAUGAGGACAUAUUUAAAGACUGAUGCAAUGUUUAGAGACCAAUGUAUUAUAUUACAUGGAGCCAGAUCCUCAAUGAUACACUUUUCUUUCGAAAAAGAGGAGGGAGUUGAUGUACUGACAAAUAUAUUUUGAAUUAUGUGCCAAAAUGUUUGUGCUCUACAUAAACUAUUUUAAUAUGUGACUUUGUAUUGUGUCCAAUGACGGGCACAUUUGAUUGCUUUUUUGAGGAAAGGAAUGUAGGAGAUUUUGCUUUUACCUUUCUGUUUUUGCUGCUGUUUUUUUUUUCUUUGGUCUCCUGCUGCUCCCUGCUGUGUGAAUAUCACCCCUUCUAAAUGUGAGGCCUGUGUCCUAAAAGUCAAGCUUCAUUGCAGAUGCGCUUUUUUUGAGCUCUUUAAAGAGUAAGUCCUAAAAGACAACGAAUGUGAUUUGAACUUGACUUCAUGCCGCUAUUGGAUGUGUUUACUGUGUCGCUGUACAGGUUGUAAAUAUGUCGGUCCUUAAUGUGUGCUCAUUUUAUUAGUCUGUCCGUCAGGGUCAUUUUUUCUUUUGUGCAACAAAACAAAGCAGCGUGAAAGCAACUGGAUAAUGUUAAUUCUAACAUUAUUAGACAACUUCAGUUUCCCCCUUUUUAAUGCCUGGUACAACUAAAGGUAGAGUUGUUUGACAACAAAAAUAACAAAAAUAGCUCAUAAGAGUAAACAUUAUUUGCCAAUACAAUGAUAUAGUUAUUCAUGUAAAAAGUUUUGGAAGUUGCCAAGUAUCAUCUCUUAAAUUAAACUCUUAUGAGCUACUUAUGUUGUCAUUAUAUCUGUCCAAACAAACGUAGCUUUAGUUGUUUCAGGCAUUAAAGUGAUAUAUAAAUGUAUAUAUUCAUGAACAGAAUGUGAGUGUGAAUGGUUGUUUGUCUAUAUGUGCCCUGUGAUUGGCUGCGACCAGUCCAGGGUGUUACCCCGCCUGUCGCCCGAAGACAGCUGGGAUAGGCUCCAGCACCCUCGCGACCCUCAUGAGGAUAAGAGGUAGAAAAUGAAUGAAUGAAUAUUCAUGAACAUGUUUGUUUUGUUUUAUGGCACGGGUUUUUGAUGACUGCAGACAGAAUACGAUCAUUAUUUGAAGGCACUUACCUUUUUUUAAGAAACUGAUAUGGAAGUCUUUUUUGAUCAAUCAUAAUUUGGGUGUACUUUUUGCUGCUCCUCCAUGAGGACAUUUUUAACUGUAAAAUAAUUUUGUUGUUAAACUUUCUUCUGAAGAUCAUUAAAUG